AUGAGUAAAAAAGAGAAUGUUUGGAAUUAACUAUUAUUUGAGAAAAGUAGAUAGGGAGGUUUUAUAAAUAAGAAUUUGUUAAUCCUGGGGAGAAAGUGCAGUGGGAAACGAAGCUUACUCGAUGCUUUGGCUGAUGUUACAAAGACUCUCAAGAAUGGCAUUCGGCAAAAAGGCAUUACACCAAUAGUGGAUUAUGCCUACCUAAAUUUGAUAGACCUUCGCGACCCUGAUUACAACACAAAUGCUCGUCUGAAUGUGUAUAUUUUAGAAGAAGAGGGGCAGAAAUAUUUGUUACCUCAGAUUUUGAAUCACAAAAAUAUCAAGAAUACAUUUGUAGUAAUAGCUCUGGACAUGCAAGAGCCUUGGACCUUCAUGGAAGAUCUGGAUAGAUGGAUUGGUGUGUUGUAGGACAUGAUGGCUGAUCUGCGAUUGAGUCUCAACGAAUUGGAAGAGAUGAAAUCAAAUGUGAUGCAAUAUAUGUCAUAAAUGGACGGAGGUUAGGCGCACGAAGGGUUGUUGAAGACAAAUUUGGGAAUUCCUUUGAUGGUGAUGGUGAAUAAAUCGGACAUAUUAGAGAGAGACGACAAAGGGAAGGAUUGGGAUUAGAAAGCAGAAAUCAUUUAAUUUUGUUUACGUUAAUUUUGUGUGAAUUAUGGUGCAACUUUGCUUUUCACAUCUGUGAAGCAGAAGAUCAACAUCAAGGUAAUGUACGAGUACGUGUUGCAUCGUCUCUACAACAUGCCAUUCGAAACAUCACAACACAAAAACCUAUCGGAUUUCGAAAGUCUCUUCAUCCCCUUGGGUCAAGAUGACAUCAACAUCAUCAAGAGUACUUUCACCAAAUUGGCCAACAACGCCAUCAAAUAUGAGGAGAGUGUGCCAAUAGUGCAAUUAAAAAAAAAUUUAGUUAAAGAGGAAUUGACAGUUGAGGAUGAUCAGGAAUUCUUCACCAAAUUAAAGGAGAAGUCGUCUUAAGCACCUGCAACCAGACCUAUCCUUCCAAUUCAAAGGUAGGUGGAGUAGCCAGCUCAACAACAACAAACCCCACCUGCUGAUUAGCCAUUAUCUGCCAGAGGGUCUCAGCAGAGUGAGCAACUGAGAAAUUUCUAUAAAAUUCUAACUGGAGAUCCAAUUCAAUAGGCUCAACAGCAAUUACAAGAUAGGAUGAGGUAAAGAACAGCCACAGAUAUCCAGCCUUAAGGUUCAGCGACUAAAACGACUCCUUUGUUCAAUUCAUAAGAUUAAUAGAGAUUAUAGAGGAUUUUUCCUAAAAAGUGA